AUGGGAGUGCAACAGGGAACCGUCAUUGGCCCGUUUCUAUUUUCUCUUAUGUUUGAUGACAUUAAACCCAAACAACCUGAAACUAAUGUAUUGGUUAAAUUUGCUGAUGACAUGACAGUUAGGGCACCAGUAAAGUCAAAUGGUGAUUUCGCAACAAUGGAA